ACCCCGACCCCGUCCUCCCAUCCUGAUAGGGACGAGAAAGAAUUGUAUAUAUAUUUUUCCUCCAACCUCAAAUCUGUAUGAGAAAUACCCAGAGCGAUCUGUCUUGAAAGAGAAAUACAUCGAUUUUUUUUUAGUAGCUAUACAAAAGGAGUGAAAAGUCAAGAGGACAAAGUCUUUUUGAUCACCCCCCUCUUCUUUUUCUUGUGGAGAACUUAAUGCUGCAUUUAUCAUUAACCUAACAACCCCCCAACCCCCAGCAUAAAACAAAAGGAAGAAGAGGAGAAAGGAAGGAAAAGGUGAUUCGAGAAGGGAGUGAUCAUGUCAGGGCGGCCCAGAACCACCUCCUUUGCGGAGAGCUGCAAGCCAGUGCAGCAGCCUUCAGCUUUUGGCAGCAUGAAAGUUAGCAGAGAUAAAGAUGGCAGUAAGGUGACCACAGUGGUGGCAACUCCUGGGCAGGGUCCAGAUAGGCCGCAAGAAGUCAGCUACACAGACACUAAGGUGAUUGGAAAUGGGUCGUUUGGUGUGGUAUAUCAAGCCAAACUUUGUGAUUCAGGAGAACUGGUUGCCAUCAAGAAAGUAUUACAGGACAAGAGAUUUAAGAACCGGGAGCUCCAGAUCAUGAGAAAGCUAGACCACUGUAACAUAGUCCGAUUGCGUUAUUUCUUCUACUCAAGCGGUGAGAAGAAAGAUGAGGUCUAUCUUAACCUGGUGCUGGACUAUGUUCCGGAAACAGUGUACAGAGUUGCCAGACACUAUAGUCGAGCCAAACAGACGCUCCCUGUGAUCUAUGUCAAGUUAUAUAUGUAUCAACUGUUCCGAAGUUUAGCCUAUAUCCAUUCCUUUGGAAUCUGCCAUCGGGAUAUUAAACCACAGAACCUCUUGUUGGAUCCUGAUACAGCUGUCUUAAAACUCUGUGACUUUGGAAGCGCAAAGCAGCUGGUCCGAGGAGAACCCAAUGUUUCCUACAUCUGUUCUCGGUACUAUAGGGCACCAGAGUUGAUCUUUGGAGCCACUGAUUAUACCUCUAGUAUAGAUGUAUGGUCUGCAGGCUGUGUGUUGGCUGAGCUGUUACUAGGACAACCAAUAUUUCCAGGGGACAGCGGUGUGGAUCAAUUGGUGGAAAUAAUCAAGGUCCUGGGAACACCAACAAGGGAGCAAAUUAGAGAAAUGAAUCCAAAUUACACAGAAUUCAAAUUCCCUCAAAUUAAGGCACAUCCUUGGACAAAGGAUUCGUCAGGAACAGGACAUUUCACCUCAGGAGUGCGGGUCUUCCGACCCCGAACUCCACCGGAGGCAAUUGCACUGUGUAGCCGCCUGCUGGAGUAUACACCAACUGCCCGACUGACACCACUGGAAGCUUGUGCUCAUUCAUUUUUUGAUGAAUUACGGGACCCAAAUGUUAAACUACCAAAUGGGCGAGACACACCUGCACUCUUCAACUUCACCACACAAGAACUGUCAAGUAAUCCACCUCUGGCCACCAUCCUUAUUCCUCCUCAUGCUCGGAUUCAAGCAGCUGCUUCAACCCCUACCAAUGCCACAGCAGCCUCAGACGCUAAUGCUGGAGACCGUGGACAGACCAAUAACGCCGCUUCCGCCUCAGCUUCCAACUCCACCUGAACAGUCCCAGGCUGCCAGCUGCACAGGAAAAACCACCAGUUACUUGAGUGUCACUCAGCAACACUGGUCACGUUUGAAAAGAAAAUUAAAGAGAGAGAGAGAGAGAGAGAGAGAAAAAACCCCGUUCAUUUUAGUGUUCAAUUUUUUUAUUGUUCUUAUUUAACCUUGUAAAAUAUCUAUAAAUACAAACCAAUUUCAUUGUAUUCUCACUUUGAGGACGAUCCAGGGGGUGGGAGGGGCUGUGGGGAGGGAAGCGGAGCACUGGGACACACACCUCUCUCCCACGACAAUCUUUUUUACUCAAAGGUCUGCCGUUGUGUAUUUUAGACAGCGGACUCCUGCCGCAUGCCCCUUCCACAAAAGAAGAAAGCCUUGUUCUGUGCUGAAGGCUUUUGAACUUUGUUUUCUUUUAAAGUCAAGUGUAAGAUUUUGGUGUAGUGCACAGCUUGAACUUGGUCGGGAGCUUAGCAGGUGUAAGUCUAUGGGGACUGCAGUGUCGCUUGUGAAAUAAUCCACAUCCUUGGGCGUUUGAAGGCUUGCCUUUGGCAUGUUGGUGGCGGGUGUGGCAGACAAAAAGGGGCAUGCAUACCAUCUGUAACCCAGCGAGGAAAAUAAAGUUUGAAACUCUUAAGGGAAAGAGUCUUGAUUGAUUUGUCAGGUCUGUUUGUUCAUCAUCAGCGCUAGUGGCAGAAAAGCUUGUAGAGGAGGGGCUGGCAUAGCUCUGGCUGCUCCGAGGCCGGCUCCCACGGCCUGACCAAAGGGCCUCUGCAGACCUCCAUCCAGGGUGUUGGAUGGGCCACGGGGCUGCCAUGGUCCAAUGCAGGUGAGCGGGAGGCAAGGCCUGGCCAGGGGCUCUUGGGCAGGUCUUACCACUGUGAAUGAAGGUUUCCAGAUUUUUCUUCUAAAAAAGUCGCUUCCCUUGGAAAGAUACACUUAAGAGGACACUAUCGCUAAAUAAUGUGAACUGUAAGAGUCUACUGGUUUUUCAUGUUUUAAUUAUUGAGCUUGCAGAAAUCGCCAUAUUCUACAUAUCAUUCUAAUUUUGAAUCCAAAUCUAGAAUCUAUUUCAGUAUUUUUAACCUCAUGCUUUUAAAUUUUUUAUUUAUUGAUGUGUGUCAGGCCAUUAUGAGUUUAGAUGGUAGGAAUGUUGAAAACUACCCAUCAGAGUGAAAUAAACAGGCACUUGUACCUGCUAACUUUAUAGGAGAGCUGGGUGUAGACAUGUGUAUAUAUGGUAUAGAUACAUAUAUUCACUGCUGCCUCUUCUACUUGUUUUAAGUCUCCGGUAUCAAAAUGGGCUGGUUGCAGCAUGAAAAGACUGCCCCCCCCCACCCCCAUGACCAUUUACGAGUUUUUGUUUGCUUUCUUAGUGAAUUAGUGAAUGGUGUAAAAAUCAAAGUCUCUGUUGUUGAAGAAAAAGCAAUAUUCCUUGGAAAGCAGGGAGGAUUGAAGGAUUAUGUCUGCAGUGAGAAAAUAGACUUUCACAAUGAGUUGGUUUUAUACUUUAAGGUUGGCAUCUAUGUGGGCCUUAUAUACUCUAAAAUGAACCUUAGUCACCUUGGUGCUUAUGGGCCAUUACUUGACCUAUGAAUCUUUAAGGCACAAUCAUUUAAAGAUCACUUGAGUGAUGGCCGCCUUUCCCUCUACCCGCUCCCUACCCCACACCCACCUUCCAAGGUUAGCUGAGCCUGAGAUUGCGUAUGCCCUCCCUUUAGCCUCCUCAUUGCCACCUUAGGUCAUGUUCAGGUCUCGCCAUCUAGGUGGUUGAGAAAUGUCAGCCCUCAGGCAGGCGCCCUGCCCUGCACCCUGACCAAGUCAGCGUCACUCCUGCAGGAGUCGUAUUGCCUGCUGAAGUGAACCAGUGCCCAGAACGACAACUAUGAGCCGGCUUGGUUCGCACUCAAUGCCGAGCUAAGCUCUUAGGCCACAGACACUUUCAAAAAACCUCUAGUUUGUGUCAAGAGUUCAUGAGAAAGACCAUACUCAGUCCAACUCAGUCAAAUGAAUUGCGUUCUUCCUAGCGGCUUCGAAGAACUAAUUAAGAUGUGAAAGCAGUCUGUAGUCCAGGUAUUCAGCAACAUCAUUCCUUAAAGGGGUGAAUGGCAUGGCUAGACUGUGUUCAGAAAGGAAUGGUAGGUCAGUGCCAGACAAGAACCAGCUUUCAGACCCAACCAUGACUCUGGACUUGGUAGCCACUCGCCAGAGCCCGUAAAACCCAGUGCUCUUUCUGGGCAACCCUCCCCCUCUUCCACCACCACCACCACGGAAUGAGGUCGGAGAAGAAGAGGAAACACGGUUCUCUCAUCGCGCUGUGUGUGCCUGGGCUGAGGUGCAGUGGUGGUCCUCCCUCAAGGGGCAUGGCAGGCUCAGAACUCUUUUAUACAAGGGAGAUCCAGGUCUCUGAAUAUCUGUUUUGUAAAUAAUAAUAAAAGCUCCUCACCAAAUUCAAGCUUGUACAUUAUAUUUUCUUUCGAUGUUUUUAAAUUUAAGUUUUAUUGUUUUGUAUGUAAAUACGUGGACCCAGGAACUGUUAUUAAUGAGCAAAAGUUACUGUUCAGGGCAGUGAUUCUGUUUAAUAAUCAGACAAAAUGUAGAUGAGCUUUUUAAAGCCAUAUAGUUUUAACUCUGUACAGUAGGUACCGGCCUGUAUUAUUGUAACAAUAACUCUAGCAAUGUAUAGUGUAUCUAUAUAGUUUGGAGUGCCUUCGCUUCCAUGUGUUUGAGGUUUUGUUUUGUUCUGUUUUCUUCAUUUGUUAAGUUUGGAUCGGUUUCCCUGAUCCAUGCCUCCCUAGCUCACCUCCUCUCUUUAUAUAACAGCGCACUCUACCAAAGGGCGGCGGCGCCCCUUCCACAGUUACAUUUCCGUGAUGCACACUCGGUGGAAAGAGAAGCCGAGUUCAGGAUCUCACGUCUCUAAGCCCUGCCUUUGUCUGGGUUCUGAGCAUCUGCUUCCCUCCUCCGUAGCAGUGACCAGUGUCAUUUCAUGUCCAUCCAUUCAGGGCCUCAGUCUAGUGCCAGGAAGCCCACGACCUGGAGGAUGUGGAAGAGAUGCGCUGUUCCUCGUGUCUUCCUCAGGCUCUGACCACGAGUCUUAGAAACAGCCGAUUCUGGGAGCCUUCCAGGCUCUCUUGUUCUCCUCAGCCUACUUCCCUCCCACAAGAGAGACACCGAAUUGGUUCAAAUAGCUCCACGUUUCUUAAUAGUCUCGGGUUUUAUAGCAUCGGUGGUCUAACAUUGCUAUAGUGCAAUUACUAGCGUCCCCGCCCGAAGCCCAGCGGCCUGUGGAGACACUGGGGACCCGUAACCCAUCCCUAACCCCCAGCCCCCCUCCCCAGCCAUCUCCACUCUGAUCAAUGAAAUGUCAUUUUAAUUUCGUAAUGAAAUCCAUUUAAUUCUUACUGUGUACCCAAUGUGAAGGCCCUUGGGGGGAGAAACAAAAACCAAAUGGUCUGCCUUGCCUCCAAGUACUCCUUAGCAGGCGUUUUGAACUGAAGGAUGAGCUGUACCAAACCAAAGGUGGUGGUUUGGAAACAUCACGUGUUCACUCCAACAAGGCAGAGCCUGCUCCUUCUUCUUAAUGACAGCGCGGUGUCCUUUUGGAAGCCCUACUUUUUAGACGUGUGUUUUGUUCUUUUGUUUUGGUCUGUGUUUUAACAAAGUAUGCCUAACCAAUCAAUCAUCUUGUCUACACCAGUGCAGAGGUGUCUGAGAGGACGACGUGUUCUAGUGUCUAUCCCUGUAGAUAUAAAGACACUGGCGUUUCUUUGGGGCCCAUUUCCUCUUUAAAAGAUUUUACUUUGGGGUCUUGUAAAGGAAAUCUGGCCAAUUCCAGACCCCCAGGAAUUGGGGAGGGUUGGCUUGUUUCAAACCAAAAUUGCAUCUGAUCCUCUAUGUGUUCAUGAUCACCUAAUCACAGAGCCAAACGUUUUUAUCCCCCAUCUAGAAAAAUAAGCAUCCAUCAAGCCUGUCUUUUCUGGCAGAAACCUGAGCCACGGAAAGUGAGACCGCAGGAAGCACAGUAGAGUCCCAGACGAAGGUCUACCUUUGCGAGGCUUCAAAAGUAUCCCUGGGGUUUGGAUGAUUCUCACAAAGUUUAUGCCCAGUUUUAUUCAAGCCUGUUGCUCUGUUCUUUGCACCUCUGCAAUAAAAGCAAAACGACAACCAUACAUAAGGAGUUCGCUUGACAAAGUUGACUUCCUUGUGUUAAUUUUUAAGUUGUUUUUCUUAUAUCUGUCUACAGGCAGAUUACAGAUAGAUGUAUGAAAACGUGCUUGCCUGUAAAAUUUGCAUUUAUAAAUGUGUUGCCGAUGGAUCACUUGGGCUUGUACACCUACCAAUUAGCGUGACCACUUCCAUCUUAAAAAAAAAAAACAAAUCUAAAAAACAAAGUAUAAAUAUAUAUAUAUAUAUAUAAAGGACUGUGGGUUGUAUACAAACUAUUGCAAACACUUGUGCAAAUCUGUCUUGAUAUAAAGGAAAGCAAAAUCUGUAUAACAUUAUUACUACUUGAAUGCCUCUGUGACUGAUUUUAUUUUCAUUUUAAAUAUAAACUUUUUUUUGUGAAAAGUAUGCUCAAUGUUUUUUUUUUUCUCCCCCUUCCCCAUCCCCUUGUAAAUACAUUUUGUUCUAUGUGACUUGGUUUGGAAAUAGUUAACUGGUACUGUAAUUUGCAUUAAAUAAAAAGUAGGCUAGCCUGGAAAUGAAAUUAAAAUUCA